UUUCCGGUUUCUAUGUAAACAAUUUUUGUACAACUAGCAACCCAACUGUCACAACCUCCCUGGUCACAAUUGAAAAUAACCGAUUUACUUGUAUUUUUUUGCGGGAAAAAAAUCUUCUGACAUUAUAAAGAAAUGAAGAAGUUUUUUGAGGACAUUAAGAAAGACGUCAAAUUCAAAUCGGCAGGACCUGGAAAGAAACUCACAGAAGACUCCAGUUCCAAACCACGAGCAGUGCAGAGCAGCGGCACUUCCAAGUCGCGACAGACUCCCACGGAUGGUGCCCAGAGGGCAGGGGCUGCAGCCUUGGCCAGGAUCGACCAGCAGCACCGCCCUAAAGCCCCGACCUCACAGGAUGCGAUAAGAAACCAAGUGAAGAGAGAGUUGGAGGCAGAGGCUGCAGCAGCUGCAGAGAAGUUGAAAGCUGUAGCACUUGAAGAAUCCAAAGUGGCAGUUAAGGAUCCAUCGUGUUUCUCAGUGUCGGGCGUUUAUUUCACGUGCCCACUAACUGGAGCCACUCUGGCCAAGAAUGAGAGAGAAGUGCACAUUAAAGAGGCCAUCUUCAUGAGGUUUGAGGAGGACCCAGUGGAAGCCUCCAUUAUGAUGCUGCAUACCUUCAACAAGGACAGAGAGAAAGUAAAGGUUGCAGUGGACGUCAUUAGCAAAUACAUUGAAAACAUAUGUAAGAAUCCCACAGAGGAGAAGUACAGAAAAAUCAAGCUUAGCAACAAGGUCUUCCAGGAGAAGGUGAGGAAUGUAGAUGGCAGUCUGGAGUACUUGCUGGCCUUGGGAUUUGAGAGUGUCAUGCUGCCCGUGGAAGGACAAGAGGAGAGCGAGGAGUUCCUGCUGCUUGGGGAGCAGAGCCCCGAGGCCCUGGAGGAGAUGAGGGACAGGAGGGAUCGUCUGCAGAGGGGAGAGCCGGUCCGAGCCCAGCUGGACCGCCAGAUGCAGGCCUUCAGGCCCUCCCCCAACGCCACCCGCUUCGAGCUGCCUCCAGAGUUCUACAACCUGACGGCCGAGGAGCUUAAGAAGGAGCAGCUGCAGAAGAGCGAAGUGGUGGAGAAGAACGCCAUGCUGCGCACGAAGGCCAUGCGAGAGCGAGAGGAGCAGAGGGAGAGGAGGAAGUACAACUACACCCUGCUGAGAGUGCGGCUGCCCGACGGCAACCUGCUGCAAGGGACCUUCCUGGCCUGGGAACGGGUGGCCGCGCUCUUCCAGUUUGUGCGGGAAGCCCUGGUGGAUGGCUGGCCGUUCGAUCUCAUAGCGCCUGGAGGACUGAAACUCCGUGAGGACGAGGAUGUGGCUCUUAACGAGUGCAGCUUGGUUCCUACCGCUCUGCUGACGUUCUCCUGGGACGCGGCCGUGCAGCAGGACAUUGCGGCCGCCGGGGGGAAGGGCCCGGCCAUCCUCAAGCCCCAGCUCCUGGAGAACAUUCGGACGCUCAGCUGAGCGGGCAGGCCUCCACGGUCCACCGGGCCUCCCGAGUCAUCGCCCUCCAGCACACACACCCUGCGGAGCACUUUUUUACUCCUCCUUUCCCUCUUUCCUCCCAAUCUCUCUCCUCCCCUC